CUGAGAUGAUAAUAAGAGACUGAGGGUGAGAUGAAUACACAGUAAUACCUAUUACAUGUGAAUACUCCUGGGGCAGAUAGAACAGACGCAGACUGACUGCCAGUAGUUCUACAUCCUUAGUGCAGAGCUGCUUUCAAUAGUAUCUACAGAAACACCAAACUGCUCCAGAGGCUCCUCCUCCUGGGUUGGACUGAAACCUGAGAACACUUCCCUCCUCUUCCUGCUUCCCAGAACAACCACAGUCACAUCCAGUCCAUGUGUUUCCUGCAACCCUUCACAGAUCUCCACGUCUACAGAUGGGUGUAACCAACAUGCUGUGAAGUGCAAGUCAUACCAGAGAGUGAAUGUGAAGAGUUAGAGAUUAGUUUGUUUGUCUCAUGUGAGGAAGUGAAACUAUCUGACAUUCAGCGUCUCUGAGAGGUGAAAUGGCGCUGCAAGGAAUUCAGAUGGACCCGAAAAAACUCUGCUGUUCGAUCUGUUUGGAUGUACUGAAGGAUCCGGUGACUAUUCCCUGUGGACACAGCUACUGCAUGAACUGUAUUAGAAGUCACUGGGAUGGAGAGGAUCAGAAGCAUAUCUACAGCUGUCCUCAGUGCAGACAGAUGUUCAGGCUGAGGCCUGACCUGAAGAAAAACACAGUUUUAGCAGAUUUAGUGGAGGAAGUGAAGAAGACCAGACUUGAAUCUGCUCCAGCUGAUCUCUGCUAUGCCGGACCUGGAGAUGUGUCCUGUGAUUUCUGCACUGGGAGAAAACUGAAAGCUGUCAAGUCCUGUCUGCAGUGUCUGGCCUCUUGCUGUGACCAACACCUCCAGCCUCACUAUGAUGUUGCUGCAUUAAAGAAUCACAAGCUGGUGGACCCAUCCAAGAAGCUUCAGGAGAACAUCUGCUCUGCUCACAAUGAGGUGAUGAAGAUUUUCUGCCGCACUGAUCAGCAGUGUAUCUGUUAUCUCUGCUCCUUGGAUGAACAUAAAGGCCACGACACAGUUUCAGCUGCAGCAGAAUGGAACAACAAGCAACAAGUUGUUGGGAUGAAUCAACAGAAGAUCCAGCAGAGAAUCCAGGACAGAGAGAAAGAUGUGAGGAUGCUUCAGCAGGAGGUGGAUGCCAUCAAUCAGUCUGCUGACAAAGCUGUAACCAACAGUGAGGAGACCUUCAAAGAUCUCAUCCGUCUCAUUGAGAAAAGAAUCUCUGAUGUGAAGCAGCAGAUCAGAUCGAAGCAGACAGAUGAGGUGAGAAAAGUCAGAGAUCUUGAGGAGAAGUUGAAGCAGGAGCUUGUUGAGUUGAGAAGGAGAAGCUCUGAGCUGGAGCAGCUCUCACAAACAGAAGACCACAUCCAGUUUCUGCACAAUUAUCCUCUAAUGUCAAAUGUCAGUGAAUCCACAAAGCCAGCCGACAUCACCAGUGUUCACCAUCUGCAAUACUUUGAUGACGUUACAGUGGCUGUGUCAAAGACCAGAGAUAAACUACAGGAUAUUCUGAAAGAAGACUGGAUCAAGACCUCACCAAGACCAAAGGAUGUUUCAGGAUUGAAGAUUCAGUCACAGAGAUCAGAGAAUGUUCCAACUUUGAGAAGUCGGUUUAGGAAAAGAAAGCAUGAUUCAAGACUGGAAACUUGGUCUUUGAGAGAACAGGAUGUUUCAGGCUCGAAGACUGAGUUAAGGAACGUAAUAGAUGUUAACCCACCGCCGACCCUGUCAUCAGCAGAACCAAAGACCAGAGCUGAGUUCCUACAGUAUUCACGUCACCUCACACUGGAUCCAAACACAGCAAACAGAUGGCUAUUAUUGUCUGAGGGGAACAAGAAAGCAACAGUCGACUGGACACCAAAACUAACAUCUGAUCAUCAUCCAGACAGAUUCAUGGAAAAGUGGCAGGUCCUGAGCAGAGAGAGUCUGACUGGGCGUUGUUACUGGGAAGUUGAACAAAGGCCACCUGUAGACUCAAUAGCAGUCUCAUACAAGGAUAUUAGCAGAACAGGACCAGAAAGUAAAUUUGGGUGCAAUGACAGAUCUUGGACUUUAGAAAAUUCAUACAAAUGUAUGUUCGUUCACAACAGCAUCAAAACUCUCAUCUCAGGUCCUCCGUUCUCCAAAAUCGGAGUCUAUCUGGAUCACAGUGCAGGUAUUCUGUCCUUCUACAGAGUUUCUGACACCAUGACUUUGAUCCACAGAGUCCAGACCACAUUCACUCAGCCUCUCUAUGGUGGAUUUAGAGUUACUGGCUCUGUUGAAUUGUGUGAGCUCAAGUAGGCAGAUGUUAUAAAGGAGCCAAAGAGUUAAAAUCUCAGAUUUUUGUCCCUGUGCUGUGGUGUUUCUGAUCCAAAAGUCCAAAGUAUCUGUUAUUGAGUGUUGACUGAAGUGAAUCUUUGACUUUCUGCACACAUAAAAAUCAUUUUAGUCAAAGCAGAUAUUGUCCUCAAAGUGUGCAGCUGCAUCACGUAGAAUGAAAUUACGAGGACGGAGAAUCAAACUUGCUCCUUCAUUUUCAUUUGUAACUCUGAAAAUACUCACAGUAAGAAGGUAAGAUGUUGCUGGGUUUCAUUAAAUGUGCUAAAGUGAUUGUACAUGACUUGUGGGGAAAUGAGCUUCUAAUACUGUUGUGUUUGAAAAUCCUCAUUGCCAAUGGAAAUGUUUGUUCAGUCUUGAAUGCUUAAGAAUGUAGACCUAUAUUAUUAUUAUGACUCUACCAAUAAUCAAUAAGGACAACACUGAUUAUCUUCUGAUACAGUGGAGACAAACUAACUGAACAGACUGGUGGUGGAUGAAAUGAAUGAUAAAAUAUGUCAACAUUUAUUGGUUUGUAUAAUGGAUCAACUUGAUUUUUCCUGAAACAAAUAAUGUCUCAUGAGUUUAUCCUAUAAAAUCAGUGCUUAAAAAGUAUCAUUUUCUGUAUGAUUUGUGUAUUUUGAUGGUUUAUGCAUUGCAAACAAUAACUAUUAAAAAGGUUUUGGAAACAGGA